AUGGGGCUUCUGAGCAAUCCCCAUACCCUUUGGCGCGUCCUCCCUCGGUUGCAACGUGUGCGCGGUCUUGCCAGCCUCAAGCCCCCCUCGUCUCUUUUUGCACCGCUGGACUCUUUUCCCAAUAGGCACAUUGGUCCCGAUGACGCUGAAAUAUUCAAGAUGCUCUCCCACCUCGGCUACACCUCCUUGGAAAGUUUCAUAGCCGACACCGUCCCUCCGAAGAUCCGGGUCCCAGCCUCCUCAAUAAACAACGCCUCAAUUCCUGCAGCUAGCGAGUCUGAGCUGCAUGACAGAGCAAAAGCGUUGGGUGCUCUCAAUAAACCUUUCAAGAGUUAUAUUGGAAUGGGGUAUCAUAGCGCUGUCGUACCGCCCGUCAUCUUGCGCAACGUUAUGGAGAACCCGGCAUGGUAUACCCCUUACACUCCCUAUCAGCCAGAAGUCGCGCAAGGUCGCCUCGAAUCAUUGGUCAACUUUCAAACUAUGGUUACUUCGUUAACGUCAAUGGACAUUGCAAAUGCCUCUCUUCUAGACGAAGCCACUGCAGCCGCUGAGGGAAUGGUUAUGGCUUUUGUUUCCGCGUCAUCCAAGAAGCGAACGUUUAUUGUGGAUUCUGGAGUCGUUUCUCAGACAGUUGCCGUUCUUCGCACUCGCGCGAAAGGCUUUGGUAUUAAAAUUGUCGUGGGAGAUGCUCAAACUCUUGUCAUGGACGAAUCCAUUCGUGGGGACGUAUGCGGCGUUUUGAUUCAAUACCCAGACGUAAACGGACAUAUCAAAUCUUUGGCCUCUCUUGCCGAUACAACCCACUCUCUUGGAGGUUUGGUGGUUUGCGCCACCGACCUUCUUGCCCUGACGAGAAUCACUCCUCCGGGUGAGUGGGGCGCGGAUAUCGUCGUUGGAAAUUCUGCACGUUUUGGUGUACCUGCUGGUUACGGAGGACCCCAUGCUGCCUUUUUCGCCGUCACAGACAAACUCAAACGAAAGAUGCCUGGCCGUUUGAUUGGUCUUAGUCGAGAUACUCAAGGCAAUCCAGCAUACAGAUUGGCUCUUCAGACUCGUGAACAACAUAUUCGUCGUGAGAAAGCCACUAGCAAUAUCUGCACUAGCCAGGCUCUUCUUGCAAACAUGGCGGCGAUGUAUGCUGUUUAUCAUGGUCCAAUUGGUCUCAGUCGCAUCGCAGAUAAAGUUCACAAGUACACCCAAGUCUUCCAAUCUUCUGCAGCAGCCAUGGGUUAUAAGUUGAAAAACGAUUUCUUCUUUGACACAGUCACCCUCGACGUAUCCGCAGUGACGGGUAACGCAGAGGCUCUUCACCAGCGAGCGGAAGCUGCAGGAAUCAACCUUCGUCGUAUCAAUGAAAACUCGGUUGGAGUGACUUUCGAUGAAAGCGUAUCUCCCACUAAUUUGGUCUCCUUGAUCAACGUCUUUGCUUCCACCGCAUCGUCCAAUCCUGUCUCUUUGUCGGACCUCUCCGAACCGCAGUCGUCGUCCAUCCCGGUGAAAUUGCAGAGAAAAUCAGAUUUCUUGCCCCAUCCUGUUUUCAACAAGCAUCAUUCUGAAACUGAAAUGCUUCGCUAUAUUCACCAUCUUGCGUCAAAGGAUAUCAGCUUGGUCCAUUCCAUGAUUCCUCUGGGAAGCUGCACCAUGAAACUCAACAGCACAAGCAGUAUGAUUCCCUUGACAUGGCCAGAGUUUAGCGAUGUCCAUCCCUUCGCUCCAUACGAUCAGCUCAAGGGUUAUCAUACCGUAAUCAAGGAACUGGAAGAGGAUUUGUGCAGCAUAACUGGAUUUUACGCUGCCUCGCUGCAACCGAACUCUGGAGCCGCUGGAGAAUACGCCGGUCUAUGCGUCAUUCGCGCGUACCAUGAAUCUCGUGGUGAAGCCCACCGUGAUAUCUGUCUUAUUCCUCUAAGUGCCCAUGGCACAAAUCCUGCUUCGGCUGCUAUGGCUGGGCUCAAAGUCGUUUCCGUUCAGGUUCACCCUGAUGGAAAUCUAGAUUUGCAAGAUUUGAAGGCCAAGGCCGAGAAACACAGGGACAACCUCGCUGCGUUCAUGAUUACUUACCCAUCAACAUUUGGCGUGUUCGAGGCUGGCGUUCAGGAUGCAUGCCAAAUUAUACAUGACAAUGGCGGUCAAGUUUACUUGGAUGGUGCAAACCUCAACGCUCAGAUCAGCUUGACCAAUCCUGCCACAUGUGGCGGUGAUGUUUGCCACAUGAAUCUCCAUAAGACAUUUGCAAUUCCGCAUGGGGGAGGUGGUCCUGGUGUUGGGCCAAUUUGCGUUGCAAAGCACCUUGCUCCUUUCUUGCCCAGCCAUCCAGCCAUGCCAGAGAAAGGAGAGCAAGCGAUCGACGCCGUCUCCGCGGCACCCUUUGGCAGCGCCUCGAUUAACCUGAUCUCUUGGGCUUAUAUCAAAAUGCUGGGUGGCCAGGGUCUUGCCGAUUCCUCCAAACUGGCUUUACUCAACGCCAACUACAUGGCAAGUCGCUUAUUCGGACAUUACAACUUGAGGUACAAAAACGAGAAAGGACGCGUCGCGCACGAACUCUUGAUUGACCUUGCGGAAUUCGACAAGGCUGCGGGCCUUAAAGUGACAGACUUUGCUAAGCGAUUGCAGGACUACGGCUUCCAUCCUCCGACUUGCUCGUGGCCGAUCUCGACAUGUAUGCUGAUUGAACCCACUGAAUCGGAAACACUCGACGAACUUGAUAGAUUUUGUGAUGCGAUGAUUCAGAUCCGUAAGGAAGCGGAAGACAUCAUCACUGGAAAACAGCCAAGGGACAAUAAUCUUUUGAAGAACGCACCUCACCCUAUGUCUGUCAUUACCCUAUCAGAAGAGGAAUGGAAUCGCCCAUACUCUCGCCAAACUGCUGCCUACCCACUUCCUUGGUUGAAGGAAAAGAAGUUUUGGCCCACCGUGUCACGCAUUGACGAUGCAUACGGGGAUUUGAACUUGAUUUGUGACUGUCCAUCGGUGGAAGAGUUUGAGUCAGCCAUGUAG